AUUCCCUCUUGCGUCUGGCAGCAAGUCCCAGCGUGGAAGAGAUUGACUGGGAUGCUGUAGCAGGCACCACAUCAACAGUGGAUGAGGAGCUGCUGAGGGAGAAGAGGGAGGAAGGCUUGAUGCAAUGCAGGAGGUGAGUGCCAGCCCUCUGUGAGCUGCGAGGAAAGCAAAGUGGGGUGGCAAAGAGGGGAAAAUUGCUGUCAGCAGCAGACGUGGAAAGUGGUGAGAGCUGCAGGCAUUUCUGGUGCUGUGAGAGCUGGGAGGAUUGCUGGUGCUGCUUCUGAGCAGUGAAAAGGGGGUUUGGGUGCUGAUGGGGACUUGAACAGCUGUGGAACUUCUCAAGGGACUUGAAACGAAGGGGAACCCAUGGAUGGAUUUUACUCCUCCACAGAAGGAGGUGGGCAGGAUGUGAUCAAUGGCACCGGCAGGAGGAAGAGCUGGGUGGAGGAAAGCAGCUCCAAGUUGUCCUUCCGUGUGGUGGCAGCUACCUUGCUGUCCCUUCUCAUCCUCUCCACGCUCCUGGGCAAUGCCCUGGUGUGUGUGGCUGUGGUCAAGUUCAGACACUUGCGCUCUAAGGUCACCAGUAUCUUCAUCAUCUCCUUGGCGGUGUCUGACCUCUUUGUGGCUGUCCUGGUGAUGCCCUGGAAGGCUGCCACCGAGGUGGUGGGCUUCUGGCCUUUUGGGGCUUUCUGUGAUGUUUGGGUGGCUUUUGACAUCAUGUGCUCCACAGCCUCGAUCCUCAACUUGUGCAUCAUCAGCGUGGACCGGUACUGGGCCGUUUCCAACCCCUUCCGCUAUGAGAGGAGGAUGACGCAGCGCGUGGCUUUCACCAUGGUCGCGCUCGCUUGGCUGCUCUCCCUCUUGAUCUCUUUCAUCCCUGUGCAGCUGAAGUGGCACAAGGAUCAGGAGCUCCUUACGCAACAGGAGCCGGGUUUUAACAUCACCGGGGAGGAGGAGAACUGCGAUUUCAGCCUCAACAGGACUUACGCCAUCUCGUCUUCUCUCGUCAGCUUCUACAUCCCCGUUGCCGUCAUGCUGGUGACGUACACCCGCAUCUUCCGCAUCGCCCGGCGGCAGAUCCGCAGCCUCUCCUCCCUGGAGAGGGCGGUGGAGCAUGCCCAGAGCUGCCACAGCAGCGACUGCCCUCACGAGUCUUCCCUGAAGAACUCCUUCAAGAAGGAGACCAAGGUCCUCAAAACCCUCUCCAUCAUCAUGGGCGUCUUUGUCUUCUGCUGGCUGCCCUUCUUCGUGCUCAACUGCAUGGUGCCCUUCUGUGAUCCUGACCUGCAUGAGCCCGGAGAGCUGCCUUGUGUCAGCGAGACCGUCUUCAACAUCUUUGUCUGGUUUGGGUGGGCCAACUCUUCCCUCAAUCCUAUCAUCUACACCUUCAACGCAGACUUCAGGAGAGCUUUUGCAACCCUCUUGGGCUGUGGCUGCCUUUGCCCCAGCAACGCGGUGGAGACGGUGAACUUCAGCAAUGAGCUGGUCUCCUACCACCACGACACCACGUACCAGAAGGAAGUGGUGACCCUCAGCUACCACCAGCUUCUCCCCCACGUUGCUCUGCACAUGGAGAACAAGGAGAUGGCCUUUGGCAAGGAUUCUCAGGCCUCUGAGCCUUCUCCCACCACCAGCCCUGCAGUGAUGCACAUGGAGUGUGAAGUGGCUGUCUCGCUGGAGAAGAUUACCACCAGCAAUGUGUUCAAUUGAGACAGGGCUGGGAAAAGGGUGGUGGGAUGGUCUCGAGGAGAGAUGGAAUCGGGGACUGUUGCACUUGCCUGUUUCCUGAGGACUUUGUGGAUAAUGUGGGUAUUGCACUCUGGGCAGGAGCCCUGGCUGCUCAACGGGCACAGGCCAAAGGCAGCUGCUCAUGUGGUGAUGACUGCUGGAACAGUGCUGCAAACCAGCCUCUAGUGAGGGAAACCCGGGUUUGUGGUGGGCUUUGCAGGAAGGAGGUGAUGGCUUUGCUGGGAUAAUGCUCUUGGGCUCACCUCUGACUGUGUCUCUUGCUCAGGUGAAUCAUCCUGCAGGUCUGGACUGGAAUGCAGCCACUUCUCCUGGAGCCCUGAGGCUGUGCUUGGUAGCAGCUUGUCCUGAGUGUGUUUGCAGGGAAGGACUGGGUGUGUAAAGGUCUACACUGGCCCCUGGAGGAGGAGCCAGCCUCUCUAAGCUGGGACAUGCACAGCUGAGGGGUGCAUGAACAUAAACUGGGAUUUAGCCCCAGGAUGUUGGACUUUUUGUUUUGGGGAUGAGAGUGUCUGAGCCCUUGAGACUCUGAGGGUAGAGGGGAAAAUGAGAUGUUAAAGCAAGAACAUUGCUGGUUUGGUUUCUGUGCCCUCAUCAGUCGGGUCCUUUUCCUGGACUGUUUCUUUCCCUUUUCUCUUUGUACUCCCUCCAAUUCCCUUCCUCCCCCAUUUCAUUACAGAUCCUUUCCCAUUGCCUCCCUUGCUGGCCCAUUUCAGUAGUAAGAAUAGCUUCUUAAGCAGCACUCUGUGCUCACCUGUACUCUUUAAUGAGCCUCUCCUGUAGGUUGGGAGCUUGUGUCCGCUUAGCCGGGGGGUGAAGUAGCAAGUGAGCAGCCCCCAGCAUCUCCCUGCAGGCUGCUUGACUUGAGAGAGGGGUUUUGCUCCAUGCCUGGUGAAACACCGCAGCAGCAAGUGGCACGGCUGGGUUGUCUUGAAGCCGAGACAUCUUUAGCUCCCUGCACAGCAGAAAGGCCUCUCCCUGCAAAUGUUAACAAAGAAAUCAGCAAGGGGUAAUUACAGAGUGAGGGUAAUUAUUAACUGGAGCCCAGUUAUAGUCAAGCUGCAGCACAAUCAGGGUGGGAGGGGCGCAGAGCUCGCUGUGUCUCCAAGGUCAAUGCUUGGAUCUCACUAGGGAAGCACCAGGAGGACUGAACUCCGUGUACAACCAUCUCCCCAUGCUGCAGGGGUGGCUGGCUGUCAGAACCAAGGCAAGCUCUGGGAGUGUGGUAAAUCCCAGCUCAGGGAAGGAGCUCGAGGAGGGGACGAUUGUCUGGCAUGGUCCUGGGAGAUCCAAUGCAAUUCCAGUUGUAUGUUCCUGCAGUACAUCCAUGUCCCUCAAUAAAGGCAGGGUGUUGUAGCACGUGUGCUGUGUUUGGGCUUUACUACAGGGCUCCUGGCUUGGUGCAUAGAGGGGGUCAGACUGAAGAUGCAGCUUUUCCCAGUGUCCUGGUUGCCCUGGGUUUGGUGUUUGCUGAUACUCAUCUGGUGGCGAAGUUCUGGAUCUUUAUCCAUGCCUGUUUGUAGGGACUGGAGUAAAGCUCAGUGUAUCACUGUUACCUGUGAUGGGUUGCAGGGUUGAACCUGCAAAAGGCAAAGGAGAGGGUGAUGUGAUCCUUCUUUUCUGUCCAGUUAUUAACUUCCAGCUUGUGGACCAGGUCUCUGCCCAGCACAGACAUUCCUAUGGUCAGGUUGGGAAAUGGGACAACAGCUCCAAACUGGUGCAACUGUGGCUUGCUUUGGCAAAAAUACCCCUUGUUUACUUGGCUUCAGAAUGGGUUUCUUCAGUUCCUGCUGUGGGUUUCCUGCACUGUCCUCCCCUGCAAUUCCACCAGGAAGCAUCCUCCUCCCAUCCUAAAGCCAUACAGUACUGCUCCAUCCCUGCCAGUAUUCCUACCUGUGGCUGCUCCUGGAGCCAGGACUGAGUCAGGACCUGUGCAUGUGGGUGCAGCUCUGCUCCUGCCCUGUAAGCCCAGGCAGAGGCCAGGGCUGGCCUUGGAGGAAGGAGCUCCAGGCGCAGGGGUCAAGCCUGGAUGAGGGUCUCCAGAUGCCUGGAGGAGCCUGGCAGAAGCUCUUCUAAAAUCACAGCCCUGCCUUUCCCAAUCUAUAUGGUAAUUCCCAGCCAUCAUCCUGCUGAUGGGGAAGAGGCAGGAGGGAUUAACCCUGCUGAGGAGGAGGCUGUGAGUGCUCAACGACACCCAGGGAAGGCAGCUGGUCAAGGUGAUGCUGCCCUUGUCUCUGUUCUGUCCCAUGAUUGAACUUCUGGGGACCUUUCCUCUUGCAGCAGCUGUCACCUGGGGCAGUGGUGCCCCCAGGACCUGUGCAUUGACUCGUUAAGGUGAAACUACACUUAGAAACGCUGAGCACCUGUGAGGCUCAUUGGCUUCACCUGGAACAAGCCCAAAGUGCUGUUUAUCCCCCCAAAAGCUCCAGCUCUUGGCAUCAUUUGGAUUCAUUUUGUGCUUUGUGCUGCCGUGUGGCCAAGAAAGGAGAGGAAAUGGCUCGAAAGUGGGAAUUUUGGCUGGAAGAACCUUUGUGAUGAGGGAAAAGGUGAGUAUUGCCCAGAGAAGGCAAUGGAGGUGGUGCAGGGCCUGGAGCAAAAGUGUGAUGGGGAAGGGCUGAGGGACCUGGGGGUUCAGAUGGAGAAGAGAAGGCUCAGGGGGGACCUGAUGGCUGCCUACAACUGCCUGACAGGAGGAUGGAGCCAGG